AUGAUAUCUUGGUCCGAAAAGCCGCAGAAGCAUUUCGACCUGUUUAUCGAGCCUCGCGGCGGCUUCACCCAAAAUCUGUUCGCUCUAUCGUACCACGGCCCUACCACACGCAGGGCAAUGUUCAGCGGACCGCAUGGAAAGAAGCUACCAGUACAGUCAUAUGAAAAUGUUGUUAUGCUGGCCACCGGAUUUGGCAUUGCCGCUCACCUGCCGUAUCUGCGGAAGCUGAUUCACGAUCAAAACUGUCGCGCGACUUCAACGCGCGGAAUUCAUCUAGUAUGGCAGAUAGAAAGGAGAGACGUUGAAUUCGCCGCUCAGAAAUUGCUGAACGAGGCGCUCGACGAAGACAAGCUUGACGGAAAACAUAAUCUGCGCAUCUACAUCAGAUCAGAGAACAUAAAAUGA